GUUGUUCGCACUAUUCUAGGUCGAGUUUUUUUUCCUCCAGAGUUUGUUUUUAACAGAGCGAUAUAUGAUUGGCUGAAAACUGUCAACCCAUCACCGCUGAUUGGUAGAGUGAGAUGCUAAGCCUCCCGAUUGGCCGAUGCUUUGGAAGGCUCUUUCGGAUUGGGCAAAAGGGCUGAACUUGUGAAGUCCGGGAUAUUAGUUGGUGAGGAGCGGCGGCCUAGCCGUGUUGAGGGUGAAGAUGGCAGAGCUGCAGCUCCAGAAGAAAGGAAAGAAAUCCGGCGAUGGUAUUGGAACCAUGGUUGACUUUUUGUUGGCCAAUGCCAGGCUGGUGCUGGGUGUGGGAGGAGCUGCAAUUCUCGGUAUAGCCACGCUCAUUGUUAAACGGCUGAUUGAUCGAGCGACUUCACCCCCCAGCGACAAAGAAGCAGAGGAGAAAGCUGAGCAGAAAUCCAUAGAGGAGAGCUGGAAAGAGGCUCUGCUACAGAAAGCCUCGCCAGCACUCCGAAGGAAGGAGGAACUCAGGCAUCAUUGCACUCCUUUAUCACUGCCAGAUCCCAGCCAGCCAAUGCCAGAGGCUGCUGGCACAUCGCAGGUUAAAGCCCCCGAUGAGAUUAAGAAGAUUCCCAUUUGCUUCACUCUGCAAGAGCGGCUGCUGAACUAUCACGCUCAUCAUGCCAGUGUCCCUGAAGCGCAGAUGGAGGAGGCCAGACAGCUGCUGCUGGAAAUAAAGAAAGAGCUGCAGGAGUUUCUACGCGCCAAGCUCCCUGAGAUUCCCUUCCUUGCUUUGCAGCUUGGCGGUUCUUUGGGUGACAGACUCCCCGUGUCGUGUUUGGAUCACGCCUGCCUGAUAAUUCCUUUGGUUCUGGAGUCGGAUCUGUGGUGCGUCAUUCCAGGACAGCAAACUAUUCUCAGCGACCCAAACUUCUGCAUGGUGAAGAGGACUGACCUAGAAUACACGGCACGGGGGAGUAGCCCCUGGGACAGGUUUCUGGUGGGUGCCUACCUCUCAUCCCAGACCAUGGUACAGUCCUUGCACAAGACAGUAGUCGGCUCCAUCAACUGGCAGGCAAUAGGAACAGUGCUGGACUGUACCAUUAAACCAAACAUAGCCACUGAUGAACUCAAGCUGGAGGUAGUGCACCCCUACUUUCACAUGAUCAUUAGGAUCCUACCGAUGGCCGUCAUUAAAGAUGGCGACUUUCUCGCUCAUUGCUGCGCCGGAGCCCCCGCCGAUAACCUUUGGCAGCAGAGUUUCUACAAGGAGGAAGUUUCCCGCCUUCAGGAACUGGACAAUUCUGAUUCGGGCAUCAGGCUAAAGUGCUUCCAGAUACUAAAGGGUGUCUGUAGAGACUGUCCUUCCCUAUCUCAUCUCAACUCCACCCACCUCAGACACACCCUCUUACACCUCAGCACAGAGUCAUCUGAUUGGACAGAGACCGCUCUGGCUGACAGAUUCCUUCGAGUACUAGAGGAGCUGAUUGGUUCCUUGGAUAAAGGUUUCCUUCCUUCUUAUUUCAACGACAAAUUAAACUUGUUUUCUUCUCUGAGGGCCGAGGACAUCGACGAACUGGGGUACGGCCUGUACCAAGUAUUUUCAGAGCCCGACGACCUGUUAAAUAGAUGAGAUGUGCUUGAAUCAUUACAAUCUAUGUUGGCUUUGAAGAGGCCCUGAUGGAUACCAGGAAGGUGUCGGAGUCAUCAGGAUCUGAGUUUGAUUUCACUACUUACGAUGGGGUCGUUUCAUGUCGUCUUAACGUGUUCUGCCCAUGUGUGUAAUCUGCAGAGCGCCUUCCAUUAACGUGUUCUGCUUGUGUGUGAUCUGCAGAGUGCCUUCCAUUAACGUGUUCUGCCCAUGUGUGUAAUCUGCAGAGCGCCUUCAAUUAACGUGUUCUGCCCAUGUGUGUAAUCUGCAGAGCGCCUUCCAUUAACGUGUUCUGCUUGUGUGUGAUCUGCAGAGUGCCUUCAAUUAACGUGUUCUGCCCAUGUGUGUAAUCUGCAGAGCGCCUUCCAUUAACGUGUUCUGCCCAUGUGUGUAAUCUGCAGAGCGCCUUCCAUUAACGUGUUACUCCACUCAGCGUGCAAGGGAGGAGUCCAGCACUGUGAUUUAAAGGGCUGGUAUCAGUACACAGUUGAAAUACUGUUUCCUAGAUCAGUUAGUCUCUGAUUCGCUGCCAAAUGUAAUCACCAGCUUGCCAUCACUUGUGCCAAUGCCAUGGUCAGUUCCGUGCCAUAAUACUCCAUCCCUCACCUGCAUCAAGUUGCUUACUGGACCCUGCUGUGCGCUGUGCCAGGGAUACUACUGAGAUUAUUUGUGUUGACCCUGAUAGAUGAUAGGGUAACAUUGCCCCCAGCGAGCAUUCAUUUCACUUACAAGUGAUAUAAAUACAAAUGUUUUUUUUUUUAAAUUGAAACAGGAUUUCUUGUGGGGGUAGUGAUGUGUGGGCCGCCCGAUACCCGCGGGUCGGUGGGUUUAGGCCAACCUCGCACUCUUCUUUGCGGAUGGCCACCAUCAAAUGCUGGCUUCCGGCUUUAUAGCUGCGCCCCUGCUGGCCCCGCCCCUUUGUGAUGUCGUCAGCGGGGCUGGUCAGCGCGGGUCUAUAAAAAGAAGCCGAGAGUCGGGGGUUGCGCAGGCGCGAAUGGAAAGAGGGUGGGUUAGGGUCGGGGCAGUUUACUAGUGGGAGGAAUACAGACAGCUAUAGGUAAUACAGGACUUUUUUGGGGGGGAUAUGGGCAGCUAUAGGUACCACAGAUCUCUCUCGUUUUUAUUUUGUUUGUCACAAGUCGGACACUGGGACUGUAGCCCUUUAAAGUUAACUUUUGGGAAGGCUGAUGUUCUGGGGCUUAUUUGCUAUUACAGGUGCUCAAUGAAACCAGUGCUCAUACCUGCAGCAACCAAUCAAAUCUCUUGAUUUCAUUCCCUGACUGAUUAGCACUUGCUGUUGAUUGGUUACUAAUUUAGCACCUAUAAUAUUAAUUGAGCCCCUCUUUAUCUUUACUAUAGGAAGUAUUCUUACUGGAUCUGCACAAACCUACUGGGAUUAAACUGGACUUCGCACCUUCUUGUUAAUAAGAAAUGCACCUUUUAAGUUAAAUAAAGCAAUUAUGUCUUUGUAUUUUUAACCUAGGCGGCACUUUACCCCCCCACCCGGAUUUUGAUUGGCUGUACCCAUCCCCCUGUUAGAAUGUUACCAGUUUGCCGGUAACAACCCUUUUAUGUGUGAAUAAGAUGCCAAGCAAAAUACCAAACACUCGUAUUCUGCAGACAGGGUAGGGAUAUACAGCUGAACAGAGAAAGUAUAUAGCACAGCUGUACCGUGCCACGGGCAUAGGACUGUGAAUGCUGCUUCAAAUUCUGUAUUUUUUUUAAAAUAAAAAAGUGAAUUGUAAUAAUAAAACAUCUUAUUUUGGAA